AUGUAUCGUCUGGCGACAGAGGAACUGCUCGGAAGGCCAUUCAAUGCGUUCCCUCUUCGUCAUGGAGAAAUGCCCAGGCAUGUUACCAUUGAUGGAAAAAUUCUUGGUGAGAACGUCUUGGGAUUUGCUGUGCCUGCACAUGGUAGACGUUACCACGAAGCCUGCAAUAGAGCGUAUCGACUCUGCUUUGAUACUGCGCCGACCCAUGCUAUGGGUGUUCAACGCAGAAGGCAUGUCUGCGAAGAAGGUGUGCCGUACAUCUCUCAGGAAGCUUUGGUUGGAAUGCCUGACGACCAAUUGGUGCUAUGCGAUCCAAACAGGCGUGAUUUGCUCUACAUGAUGAGAGCGGGCAGCACUGUUGAGCACAAAUUGACGAUGCGAUAUACGCAGAAUCAGCGCCAGAAAGAGUCAAACAGCUCACGCUCAAACCGUGUCGAUGAAUAUGAGCGUUACUUGCAUGCGCGUGGCCAAACCAAUUUUGAUUUGCAUCAAUAUUGGGGCCAAAUAAAAUACCGCAAACGCAAGUUCAAAAGACAUAUCAAUACUCGCCGUUCUGAAGACCGUCUCGUCGCCAAUUUCAAAAGAAAUACGACGAAUCCACGACCGUGGCGGCAGGACACUGACAAGGUGGUUCAUGGCUUACUGGGCUGCAAAAGCCAAAUGUGCAAAGAAGCUGUGGGCCUCCCUGUUGAUGACUGUGAUGCUGCGCGUUUCUGGAAUCGAGACACCGUCUCUGUACUCAACAUGCGAUCUAUCGUCCGGUCGAUCCGAGAAACUGGUCAGUAUCCUGAGCGGUUUCAGCAUGAUCAGCCAAGCCUGCAGCGUCCCCAAGAGCGACUUGUUAACUGGGACAAUCAUCCGCCUCCUCGUCGAACAGCACCGCGUGGUGAACCGCCGCCUGUUGUUGAGUUAGGACAGGAGCACAACGAUGCCCAAAGACAAGAUGCUGAGCAGCAGGUUCUUGGUAGGAACCGACUGUUGAUACAGAUCCAAAACAUAUAA